GACAACUGACGCUGACAUAAUCUUGAAAUGGUGUAAUUAUUAUUUUUUUUUAUUUUUAUUGUGUUUAUUUUUAAGUUUUCAUUUAAUUUCGGUCGAAAUAAUUAACUUCCUACUAAUUAUCUUCCAAUUCUAAAAUGUCACGAUCGAAAUCAAAGCAUAACGUGGAAGUUUGCGGAGAUUGCGGAGCUUUCGAUGCUACAUGGGCCUCUGUAAAUAAAGGAAUAUUGUUGUGUACCCAAUGCUGCAGCAUCCAUCGCAGUUUGGGAAAGCAUAUUUCCCAAGUAAAAUCACUGUUGAAGAAUACCUGGCAUCCCAAUCAAUUGAACAUGGUGUGUACUUUGAAUAAUAACGGUGCAAAUAAUAUUUGGGAACACGCUCUACUAGAAAAUGGUGCCAAAUUGAUCAAGAAAAAACCCAAUGCGAAAGAUCCUAUUACUGUAAAACAAGAGUACAUCAAACAGAAACACCUCCAAUGCGCAUUUACGUUCAGAGAAAACUACGAAGACGGUUUAAUGAGUGUCGAAAAUGAGUUGGGUAAACAGCUACAUGCCAGCGUGAGGACACCAAAUUUGGAAACUUCGUUUCGUCUACUCGCUUUGGGGGCCGAUCCUAAUUAUUUUCACGAUGAAAAAGGUUCAACUCCUCUACACGUCGCCACAAAAUCCGAUCAAAAACUACAAGUCGAACUGUUAUUAGUGUACGGUGCUGAUCCCUCUUGUCCCGAUAACCACGGCAAAACGCCCAUUGAUUAUGCAAAGGCUCUUCCUAAUAAAGAUUUGGUGAAUCGAUUAGUAGAAAACCAGUACGAAGUUACUGAUACCUUCAGUUAUUAUUUGUCUCGCAAAAAACCCGAUCACACCAACGGGGUACAUUUUUAUAUACCCCAAGCGGGGUUCAAAUCGAAUCCGCAAUCGUUGUCGAAACUUCAAAAGUUAAACAAUCACGUAUUCGAAGAAUUGGCUAUGGAUGUGUACGAUGAAGUAGAUAGAAGAGAAACGGAAGCUAUUUGGCUAAGUUGUGCGGACACAACCGAUCUAAACGAUGUUCCAUUUCUUCCGGUCGAUAAUACUCUAUCGACUACCAGGAAUCAAGGGAGACAGAAAUUGGCCAGAUUUUGUACACCUGAGUUAAAGAGUCUAGUAUAUGAUAUUUUAGUCGAUACACAGAGGAGGCAGAUGGUUUCUGACAAAAGUGUAAUGCAGUUACGAGAAACUUUGGUUGACGAGGAUCCUUUAUACGAUUCUGUUGCUUCAGAUGACGAUUACGCUUUAGUGCCCGAUGAUGAGAAACCCAUGUCACCUUUGCCAGAGAAAAUAGAUUCGACCGAUAAGGAGGGCGUAUUGUCCUUGGAGAAUAUCAAUAAAACCAAUCAAAUUUUGGAGCAAUUGACGAAGCAAUUGAAGAACUCGGAUAACACGAUCACCGAUCUUAGACAAGAAGUGCUAAAACUGAGAAAGUGCGUUAAAGAAUUACAAACGGAGAAUACGGAAUUAAAGAGUAGAUUGUCGCAAGGGAAAUGUACAAGGAACAACGGAGACAACGGAUUCGAAUCAUUGGAUUACAUUUCAGAGAGUACUGAUACUAGUGAAAGUAUAAGUAACGGGAUAUCAGCCGAUGAAGUGGAUCUUAGAAGAAAUAAAAAAAGCCAAAGACCGACUAGCAUGUACGAAACGAGAGAAGGUAUUAGAAAAGUGCCAUAUUGGCACGCUGCGAAAUCUCAGUUGAAACAAAACGAGCCGAGAGGCACUCAAAGUUUAUAUUCUUCUCCGCAAAAUAGAGAAACGAUUUUACAAUGUACUGAACACAUUACUAGAACUAUUCAACAGUUGUGCAAAUCGAUUCAAGAACCCGAUAAAGAGGAUUGCGUUACGAGUGCUGAGAAAGUGAAAAUGUCGAUUGUAAAAUUGGCGUCAGUACUGCCAAAGUUGCAGGAAACAGAAGGGGAACGAUUGAAAUUGAUGCUCGAAUUGGGCACGAGAUUACAGCCGGAAUGUUUAUCUCUGCAAACGUCUCACCAGAACAACGAUGUUAAACUCGUCGAGCAACAUUUCGUGAAUAUUAGAGAUAUUGCAUUUCAUCUUGCCAAAUUUACUAAAGACGUUGUAACCAAAUAUUCGUUUAAUCACUAGUUUUAUUAUUUAACGAUACGCCAAUCUCAAUUUUAUAUUUAACAAUUGUUUUAUUCCACUAUACUUUACGAUGUCUAUGGUAAUUUUCAAGUUUUCGAACAGGAAUUGUUAUUCGAAAAAAAAAAAGUAAUUGCAUUGAAAUGUACAUGGAAAGUAUUUCAUAUACGUAUUACUAGUUUAACAGUAUUUAAUAUUCGACUCAUUUUUUUUCUAUUUUUUACACGGUCGUAUUUAAUUAUCGGGAUGUUUUGAAAACUAUUAUGUUUAUGAAAUUUUUAUUGGAUUACUUGUAUUGAAAUUGUACAUUAUUCGUAAAAUGAAUGUAAAUAAUUUGAAUAUAUUUCCUAUACAGGUAAUUAUAUUGGCGGGCGCGCCUGAAAUAUAUUUUUUACCGAUUACUAUCGAUGAUAAUUCGAUUGAAAUUGAUUAUUUUUAUAUUGCUUCGAUAAUAUACAGACUAAAAACUUGAUGUGCAAUUAUUAUUACGAUGGUGCAUUAUUUUGGAUAUAAAACUAAAAAUGUUUAAACGUUAUGAAAGAAAUAUACAAAAUAUAAUAGUGAUA